CGGCGCAGCACCGAGACCGCCUCCUCCGCGACGCCGGCCCACACCUCAGAGUCGAGUCGCAGCCCGGCCAGCCAGCAGCAGUCAGCAGCGCUCUGAAGACAACAGUCCAAGUCAGCCCGACGCCCGCCGAACACCCACCACUGUCAACAUGUCGCGAGAGGUGCAGACCGAGGACAAGUUGGAGUACACCUUCUUCCCCGUCAACUCCAACUCGCUGUUCUUCAAGGUGAAGUGCGCCAACGAUGCCCACAUCGCGCUCACCACCGGGCCUGGCGAGUCCGAGCCCAUGUACGAGAUCUUCAUCGGCGGCUGGGGCAACCAGAAGACGGCCAUCCGGCGCAACCGCGAGAAGCCCGACAAGUCCCUGGCCGACACCCCCAACGUGGUGACCGGCGACGAGCUGCGUGGCUUCUGGGUGCGCUGGGGCAACGGCAGUGUGGCGGUGGGCCGCGAGGGCGAGCAGGACCCCAUCGUGGCGUGGGACGACCCCGAGCCCUUCAGGAUCACCCACUACGGCAUCUGCACGGGCUGGGGCGCCACCGGCCAGUGGAUCAUUGAAGAACCCGCCGCUGCGUCCGCGCCCGGCUGGGUGCAGCCCCGCGACGCUGGCGCUGGCGGCGCCGCGGCCUGGGUGGACACGACGGGCGGCGACGUGCCCGCCAACGCGGUCCCCGGCGGCAUGGACGUGUCCGGCGAGUCGCUGUUCGUGGGGCGCGCGCGGCACGAGGGCGCGCUGCUGCCCGGCAAGGUGGUGCCGUCGCACGGCUGCUGCUACGUGCCCUGGGGAGGCGCCGAGCACGCCAAGCAGGAGUACCAGGUGCUGACUGGCUGCGACCCCGUGUGGAUGCCGUGCUCCGGAGCCGGAGUCCCCGCGGGCGCGCUGCCCGCUGGCGAGACCGAGGACGGCGAGGCGCUGUUCAUCGGCAGGGCGACGCACGAGGGAGUCUUGGCCAUCGGCAAGGUCCAAGCCAGCCACAACGUGUGCUACGUCCCCUUCGCCGGCCAGGAGGUGCCCUACUCCGAGUACGAGGUGCUCGUCGCCAACCUCUAAACUUGCGCCAGGACGCGUGGCCAUCGCUGUAGGGUCUCGUCUGAUUGCUUGAAUUAUGUACCUGUAAUAUUUAUACUAGUUUCUCUGUUUGCGAUUGCACAAUUUUAUUUGAAUUUUAAGUCUGUUAGAUUGGAAAGGGCCGCCGCAAACGGUCCGCACAAACUGAUUCCAAGCACUCUUUAGCUCUUCUAUGAAAUUAUUUUAUAUCACGCUGUUAUUUAUUAAAUCUUUUUGAAAGUA